GGUGACAGCGUGAUUCGAUACUAUGAAGUAAACAACGAAGCACCUUUUGUUCAUUAUAUUAAUACGUACUCAAGUCCGGAACCGCAGCGCGGCAUCGGUUUCAUGCCAAAGCGAGGAAUGAACAUAUACGAAAACGAAAUUGCUCGGAUAUAUAAAUGCACUAAUCGUGGACUAGUGGAAGUUUUGCAGUUUUUCGUGCCAAGAAAAUCAGACGAAUUUCAGGAAGAUCUUUAUCCGGACACCGCUGGCCCUGUGCCUGCAAUAACGGCUGACGAAUGGUUCAACGGCAAAGAUGCAGAUCCUAUUUUGAUGCCGCUGCGUAAAGACACUGAAACUGAACGAAGCAAGCAGCAGAAAAAAUCGGCUAGGCGAACAAGCAGAUUGACCCAGUCAAGCGGAGCCCAUGAACCUGAUCAUCACCCAAAAAUUCUUGAGCAGAACGAGACAAUUCCGGAAAUAAGUUUGUCUGACCGCGGUUCUCACAACGCGGAAUACAAAAGAGCUGGUAUUGAUGUGCUGCGGAAAUAUUCGGACACGUCACGCAGCGCUGAGAACCCUCAAGACGGUAUUGUCGAUGCCGGCAUUGGGAUUGUGCCUUUCCGCCACUCCAGCAGCACGUUGGAGCCAAGUUUCAGAGAGCAACACCAGGAGGAUCGUUUCAGCAGGAACGAGGCUGCAGCGCCUGUUUUUCGCAGAAGUGUCAAUAUGGGCAGUGUGUCGAGUGGUGAUAGCGGCGACGUCCAAAGCCUCCGCUAUGCAAGCAGCAGAUCACACGAAAUGUCUCCUUCGUCCACCGGCUACUCUGCGGACUCCGGAAUCAGGAAGAGCAGAGACUACGGCAUGGCUGGGGAACAGACGUCGAUUGCCGCGACGCAUGCGAACACUGGCUCCGGAUCUGCAAAGUCGAGCGGUAACCUGCAGGCAAUGGUUGAAGAGCUGGCAGCGGAAGUGGGUAAACUGAAGGAAGUUGUACGUCGUCAGGAGAGGCGUCUUCGGUAUGUUGAACAGACAGUGCGCGAGAAAGACAUGGUUGCCAUCGAAAACGUAUUGUAA